AGUAAUUUACCAACAAAUCUGAGCAAUGUAUCAACACAUCUGAGUAAUUUAUCAACAAAUCUGAGAAUUUAUCAACACAUCUGAGGAAGGAAAUACAGAGAGUAAAGAAAUGGCUGCGGUCAGUGCAGGUCCACUAACAGAGGAACAGCUUGCAGCCAUCCAGGAUGAGCAAGUGCUGAAUGACAUGCUGGACAAGGCUACAGAUUUAGAGGAAAGAAGAAUGAUCCGUGCUGCCAUGAGAGAACUGCUGAAGAAAAAGCGGGAGCAGAGGGACCGAGAGCGUGCAGCACGGCAGGAGAACCUGCGCCAGCAGGGUGUGGGUGUGGGACCGAAACCAGCCAACGGCCCUAGCAGUGUUCAGCAGCACACACACAAAACAACUCAAGUGAAGUCUGCAAGUGCAGCGCCUGCAGGCUUUCUCCCUAAAACAUCAGGAAGUGUGACUUGUCCUCCAGCUGCUGGAGUCAGAGUAACCCGAAGCUCGGCACUCGGCGGCCCAAACACAAAAGACGUGAAACAGAUGCUGCUGGACUGGUGCAGAGCCAAGACCGAACCAUACGAGGGUGUGAAUAUCCAGAAUUUCUCCUCCAGUUGGGCUGACGGUCUUGCAUUCUGCGCGCUGGUGCACCGAUUUUUCCCUGAAGGUUUCGAGUACUGCACUCUGGACCCGUACGAUCGCAAAGCCAACUUUGAGAAAGCCUUCAGAACUGCAGAGACAUUGGGUGGCUGUCCUCGUCUGCUAGACGUUGAUGAUUUGCUGCGGAUGCGAGAGCCAGACUGGAAGUGUGUGUACACUUACAUCCAGGAGUUUUAUCGCUGUUUAGUGGAGAAAGGACUCGUCAAGACCAAAAAGAAGACCCCUUAAUGACACAGAUAUACACACAGCACUAAAGGUCAGAGUUUUUAUUGAAGGGAUGUGGCCGAGAUCCAGACCAGAGGAAAGACCAGCACACACACACACACACACACACACACACACACACACACACACACACACACACACACACAUGCUUACUCAGGAACAGAGACACGCCUCAUUCAGCAACAGAAUGCCAGCACCAAGUAAAUCAGUCACCAUCCUGCAGAUGCUGUAAAAACUGCAAAACUGCAUAUGACCACUAGGUGGCAAAGUUUAACCUUUGACUUUUUGCACCACGUUGAAGUGAGAAAUGCACUGUCACAGGUUCCCAUCUCUGGUCAUGCAGAACCCAUGGAGAUCCCUGCUCUAAUACACCCACUUCAGCUCACGAAGGGCUGUUAAUCAGCUGAUUAGUUGGAUCAGGUGAGUUGGGAGCAGGAAAACACUAAAAUGUGCAGGACAGGUGCUUCUCCAGGACCAGGGUUGAGAACCUGUGCACUAUGUUGUAACUUCUGCUGCCUUCAAAUCCUCCUGUGAAGUUUGUGUGUACAAGUGGGGAAGUCGUGAUUACCAUGUCGUGUGUGUUCAGAUGGUUGUGGUGGGGAAAGAAAUGGAGAGUGUGUGAAAAAGUCUUUUGUUUUUAUUUCUUUUUCUGUCAUCAAGGACAAAAUGUUUAUUUUACCUUCGGCAGCUGGGCCAUAGAAGGUUCACGCUGCACGCUACACGCGUGUAAAGAAAAGUGGACAAACGUAGCAUGACUUGCUCUGGGCCAUAGAACGGCGUUCACGUUGCACGCUGCACGCUGCACACUUCAUGCGUGAAGCGAGAAAUGAACAUGCACACUUUUUUCUAGGCGUGAAGAUGGAAAUUCCAGUCAAUGCAUGCGGUCACCGCCGCGCCAGCCAAUCAGAACGGGUCUAGGGAGAUAACUCUAUGCUUUCAGGGGAAAACUUCAGAAAAAAUAUAAUUGAAUGGUAUAAUUGAAAAAUAGUUCUUCAUCGGGAUUGUCAAGCAGAUUAUAGAAUGUUCGGUGAAAUUCACCACGGGUUUCUCUCAGAAGGAAGUGUUCUCGGCUCCAAAUUCUGUUCCUUUUUCUCUUCCUCUGUCUCAGUAAAAGCAGAAUGAGGCAAUCGUCGUCAUCCGAAGAGUCCAUAUUGUUGGUUACUCGAUCAAAGUAGAACAGACGCAACACGUGAACAUCCAAGCAUGAAGUUUAAUGGCCCAGGGUCCGGUUCUUCACGUGAACGUGUAGCGUGUAGCAUGCAGCAUGCAGCGUGAACCUUCUAUGGCCCAGCUGCCUUCCUGAACGAAAAUGAAGAGCUGAACAGUUAACACACAAAAUUAGCGCUUAAAUCGGACUGUGCGCUGUAAGCUCGGAGAAAUGCAAAUUCCCACAUUGUAAUUUCAGCAUUGUCGUGGCGUUCAAGUCUGCUCACCUUGUACCAUAUUUCUG